AUGCUCAAGCAGAGGAUACCGCCAUCAACACGGCACCAAGCUCGACGCUUCCAACAACGUCAUUCCCUCGCUCAGGCCGCCUACACCUCCUCCGCCUCACCCUCCUCCUCCUCCUCCUCCGCGUCCAAGCCCCGCAUCAUCCUCGGCAUCGAAAGCUCCUGCGACGACUCGUGCGCCUCGGUCGUCACAUCCGACAAACGCAUCCUCUCGUCCAUCGUCACGCGCCAGGACCACUCGCACACCCACGGCAUCCACCCGCUCGUCGCCGCGCUCAACCACCACUCCAACAUCCCCACCACCAUCGCAUCCGCACUCGCCCACGCCAACCUCACCCACACCGACAUCGAUGCCGUCGCCGUAACCCAGGGUCCGGGAAUGAACAGCAGCCUCGGCGUCGGCCUCACCGCCGCAAAGACGCUCGCCGCCCUGCUCGACAAGCCCAUCAUCUACGUACACCACAUGCAGGCGCACGCGCUCACACCGCUCCUCACCGAGCAGAUCCCGCCGCGCUUUCCCUUUCUCACCCUCCUCGUCUCGGGCGGUCACACCCUCCUCGUACUAGCGAGAGGCGUAUCCGAGUUUCAGAUCCUCGCCACCACCACCGACGACUCCAUCGGCGACGCCUUCGACAAGGUGGCGCGCGACCUCGCCAUACCCUGGGCGCACGCACCCGGCGCAGCCCUCGAGAGCUUCUGCGCACAGUCGAGCGACGCCGCACAGCCAGACGCCCUCUCGUUUCCCGUGCCGCAAAAGGGCAAGACUUCAUUCUCCUAUUCGGGCCUCAAGUCGGCCGUGACGCGCCACGUCCAGCACCAAGGUGGUCCCUCGGCCAUGACCGACGAGCAGCGUCGUCAAGUCGCCCAGGCGUUCCAGGCGGCAGCAUGCGCACAGCUCGAGGACAAACUCGCAAUGGCACUACGCCCCACGACGGCGACGACGGGGGCGGCAUCGAGACGCGUUCCGCCCCGCAUCGACAUGGGUGUCGAUCCGCUCUCGAUCAAAUCAGUCGUCUGCAGCGGUGGCGUGGCGGCCAACGCAUUCCUUCGUACCAGGCUCCGCACCGCGCUCGAUGGGAUAGACCGACGCGACGUGCAGCUCAGUUUCCCACCCCUCGCACUGUGCACCGACAACGCGGCAAUGAUUGCCUUUGCCGGCCAUCUCCUCUGGCACCAGCGCACAAACGACUAUACCCGCAACUCGAGGGCCAAGUGGAGCGUCGAGGACAUCUGA